UUUGGCCCUUCCACUCAGGACAAGGGAUCCACAAUUGACGCCACGCUGGGAAAGCGCCAUCCUUAAGGGAGACCGACAAAGAAACAGACCAACAAGAAGGAAGGGAUAGGGGAAUGACAGAUAGCAUCAGAUGUCAUAGUGAUGGCAUAUGCAACGCAUUGGACACGAAAUAUGGAAGGGAGAAAAAAAAAAAAAAAAGUCUGAUCAUACCUUCACUUCACAGAAUCUGUUUUCCAGAAUUCAACAAACUCGGUAUUGAAAAGGGUCUAUACCAGGGUGGUACUAGAUCGACUCGGGAUUUUCAUUUGCUCGCACUCAAUUUGGAUAGUGGCAAUCUUGUGUACUUAAGUCGGACCUUCAGCUGCUCUUAUGACAGACUUCCCAAUUCGUACUCCGUAGUUGCACCCGAUCAAGUUGGAUCAAACGUCAAAAAGGGUUGCAGGAGCACCUGGAACAAUUCCAAAUUCGGCCCUAUCCGACCCGCAAUAGUGCACGGUUCUCUAUCUCCUGCUGGGGCUUUGCUCAAGGGUCUCAGUUCAAGGUUGAGCCUUGAGGACUGGAGAGGCUGAAUUUAAAGGUUGAUAUAGAUUCGAUUGACUCAAGUCAAGAACAAAACAGAAAGCAGGAAAGUAAAAAGAAAACAACUUCAAACAAUGGGGGUAGGAC